AUGUUCUCGAGAUUGGCAUCGCGCUGGGCCGUCCUUUGGGCCGUCUGCGGCCUCCUCCUCCUCCUCGUCGCCAACUCCCGCGCUCUGGCCACCAACCCUGUCCGUUCCUCUCAGGCGGCUGUCGAACACCCUGGCAUCGCUGACCCUGGUUCGCACAUCACCCCCGGUCCCGUCACUUCCGUCGAGCAUAUCGGUGCCUUCCAAUUCUUGGUCAACACCACCACAACCUCGUCGCUCGUCUCUGUGGUCUCGGCCCGGGUCAUUCACAUCGAGACCUUGCCCAUCCACCAAGAGUUUGGGUUUCCUUGGCCACGGGCUCCUAUCGUUGUCGGACAGGCUUCAUUCCCAGUUCCUUCCAAGGUCCCUGUCCUCGCAAAGACCCACCACGGCCAUCAGAUCCAUAUCCGAGACAGUGGCUUGGUCCUCCAAUUCACUUCCGACCCGCUGCGGUUCUCGCUCUACCACAGCCCUUCGACUCUCUCAGGCUCGUCCAGCCGCCUUCCCGAUGACGAUGUCUCCAUUGAUGUGGCUGGUCUCGACCUGGUUUGGGAGGAAACCGAGCCAUUGAAGCUCGCCAGAGGAUCCGAUCCGCGCAGAAGCGAAGGCAGCACCCACUUCUCGAUCCGGUCCCGUCGCAAUGCCCAGUAUUUCGGCGGCGGCUCGCAGCACGGCCGCUAUGCGCUGCGUGGCGAGACCAUCCAGAUUGCCCGUGAUGAGAACUGGGACGAGGGCGGCCAUCCAAACUCGGCACCCUUCUAUCUGUCCACGGCCGGCUACGGCGUCUUGCGCAACACGUUCGCCCCAGGGGCCUACAUCUUCUCGGACCAGUCCAGCGAUGCCGUCGCCUCUUCUUCCCACCACGAGCCCCGCUUCGAUGCCUAUCUCUUCUGGGGACCCGACUUCAAGACCAUCCUCGACGAUUACACCCGCCUCACUGGCCGCCCGAUUAUGCCACCCAUCUACGGCCUCGAAAUGGGGGACUCGGACUGCUACCUUCACAACGCCAACCGCGGCGAGCGACACACCUUUGAGGAUGCCCUUGCUGUUGCCCACAAGUAUGUCGAGCACGAUAUGCCGAUCGGCUGGAUGCUUGUCAAUGACGGAUACGGCUGCGGCUACGAGAACCUGCCCGAGACAGCUACAGCCCUCUCCAGCCUCAACAUCACCAUGGGCUUAUGGACCGAAUCCAACUUGACCAACCAGCCCUUCGAGAUCGGCCCCGGACAAGUGCGCAUCCGCAAGCUCGAUGUGGCAUGGGUCGGCAGCGGCUACGACAUGGCCUUCGAGUCCAGCCAGGUUGCAUACGAAGGCAUCGAGACGUACUCUGACGCCCGCGGGUUUGUCUGGAUGGUCGAGGGGUGGGCCGGCACGCAGCGCUAUGCGGUAAUGUGGACCGGCGACCAGAAGGGCACCUGGAACAAUGUCCGCAUGCAUGUGCCAACCUUCCAUAGCGCCGGGCUCAGCGGCAUGCCGUGGACAGCCGGUGACAUUGACGGUAUCUGGCUCGGAAGCCCAGAAACGUAUGUGCGCGACCUCCAAGCCAAGGCGUUUUCGCCUGUGCUGAUGUCGAUGAGCGGAUGGUCUUGGCUCGACAAGGAACGUCGUCUGCCUGUCGACAAACAGCCCUGGACCCGCGGCGAGCCCUUCACCAGCAUCAAUCGCAAGUACCUCAAGCUGCGCGAGCAGCUCCUGCCGUAUCUGUACACGUAUGCUCGCGAAGCGCAUUCCACAGGCGUUCCGCCAGUACGAUCGCUGAUCCUAGAGUAUAGCCACGAUCCCGUUACCUGGACCGACCGGGUCAAGUACGAAUUCCUGUUCGGCACGAACUUGCUCGUGGCUCCCGUUUACGACGACCGCACCGUCCGCGAUGACAUUUACUUCCCCGAGGGGGCCUGGUACGACUUUUGGAAGGGCGCUGUGGUUUCUCACGGCAAGGAGUGGAUCAGCCACUUUGAUGCGCCGCUCGAUGUCCUUCCACUCUUUGUGAAGGCCGGAUCGGUCCUCCCGAUGUGGCAGCCGGUCAAUUCCUGGCGAGAGCACGACCGCUCCCUCUUGGCGCUCGAGAUUUGGGCCCUUGGUCGCAAGGGCGGCUACCACUUUGAGCUUUACGAAGACGACAUGGUGACGCGCGAGUUCCAGGCCGGGAAGUUCGCAACCCAGCUCAUCUCCGUGCGCGAAGACCGCAAACGCACUCCCCUGGGCAAGUGCGACACCUUGGCCGUCGACCUCCGUCGCCUCGACGGCGAGUACGCCGGUCGGCCAGAGCGACGCACCUACACCCUGCGCAUCUUCCAUCCCAAGCUCAGCGGCGACGCCGUGCUCGCUCGCAGCCAAGUGAAUAGCCGCGGCUGGACGCUCGCCCGCGCAUCUGGUGGAGCUGCUGGUCGUGAAAGCAUCGGCGAGGUUGCGCUGGCGGACGACGGCCGCGGUCCGUUUGUCAAGAUCACUCUGCUCGACCUUGAGACAGACGAGGACUGGCAUCUCGGCGUCGACUGUCUGUUUGGUGCCGCAGAGCCCGCGCUGGUCCUGGAUAAAUAA